UGCCUGAGUAAUCCACAAAGUUUGGUCUGGAUGAUGAAUCCCGACAAUAGAAGAGCGAACCGACGAAUGAAGUUAUCAAAGCUUCGCAAUGACGCCCCCAGUUUCGAAUACCACGGGUGCUGUUGUUGAAUCCCAACAAAUUUUCCAAGAAUUUGGUCUUUGCCUCGUGCUUCAGCAAUGUUUGUCACUACAUCUUGUGAGCAGGACGGUGAAGAAAUUUGGGUCAGUUGAUGAUUUGCUAGCACAACGUCUGAGAUCAGAAACCAGCGUUUCAAUGCCCCAGUGAUGGCUGGAAUCUCCAAGUUAGCCAUGGAGUUGUCGUAUGCGGUUGUGGAGACGCCGAUAGGGUCUUUCACAUUGGGAGCAUCUGAAUCUGCUAUUCACGAGGCGUUUUUCGGGAAACCCUCUGUCGGUGUGAGCCUCGCCUCGCACGUCGAGCAUCCCAUCCUGUCCAUGGCUAGUGAGCAAGUGGAGCAGUACUUUGCUGGGAAGAGAAUCUCAUUCUCCCUGCCAAUUGCAGCGCAGGGUACUCCGUUUCAAAGAAAGGCUUGGGAAGCGUUGCAUAAAAUCCCGUAUGGUAAGGCUAUCACCUACUCGGAACAGGCCGAUCUCAUGGGUGAGCCUGGGAAGGCUCGAGCUGUGGGCAUGGCGAAUGGCCGGAAUCCUGUUUGCCUUCUUGUUCCAUGUCACCGAGUUGUAGGCAAGGACGGGAACCUUAGAGGUUACGCCUUCGGACUCGACAUCAAGAAAAGCUUGCUCGACUUCGAGGCACGGCUGUCCAAGGGUACUCUGCUGUGUUGAAAGACCGCAGGAUAUCUCGUUGUGGCUUUCUGACCAUCUAGAAGGCGAUGAUGUCUCUAAUGCCUUUCGGAGAAGCAAGAAUAUGAUCACAGUCUGCUUAUAUUUAGACGCACAUUUGUAUAAUUUUGUAUCAAACAGCAUUUAAACAGCAACUGAAAGCCGAGGUAUUCAGUGAGCGCCA